AUGGAGGAUGCUACUCAGCCUCAACCACGGCAGUGGAACCGGAAGCCCGUCGACCCGUUGCCCGAUGCCAUGGUGCACGAAAUCCUAUCUCAAGAUCCUCUGACGUCUGUCAUUCGCAUACUCAAAUCCAGCAACCCAAAGAAGUCACCUGAGUUUGUGCCGAAGGACGGCGUUCAGAUUGAUGAGGAUGACCGCGUGACUUUCACAUUCUCGACUGUCGCGUCGCACAUCUACACGUCUUCCUCGGCACUCGUGCACCACUUGUGGGGUAAGCUGCACAACUUUAGUUCGUGUGUUGUUUUCACCACGCCGAACCUCACUCCAACCCAAGUGUCGCUCGACGUGAUGGUGACAGUCAAGACAAUCGUGGACAACGAAAACUACAACGGCCAUGCAAACAUGAAGAUAACCCUGGAAAUCGAUCCCGGCAGCACUUACGCACGUAAUGGCAAGACAGAUAAGAAAUGGAUUCCCGUUUUGCAAGGUUUUGUUCACAACUUCGUUUUCAAGCACCUGUGCCCCAAUCCUGUGCGUGCUGUGUCACUUGAUGAUGAGUCUGUGCCGUACUCUUCCUCGGCAUAG